AUGCCAGCUCCAAAGCAGAGGAAGCUCGCUGUUGUUGGGAGCCGGGCGGUCGGUAAGUCGCAGGUGCUCGCCCCUGCUCUCUAUCCUGGGCUGAAGUGGCUCCCUAACAGCGAAUUUGCAGGCAAAUCAUCUCUCAGCGUACGCUUCUGCGCAGAACGGUUUGUGGAUAGUUAUUACCCAACGAUCGAGAAUACCUUCAGCAAGAUCAUCAAAUACAAGGGACAUGAUUUCGCGACAGAAAUCGUAGACACUGCAGGAACGGAUGAGUACAGCAUCCUCUCGUCCAAGCACUUCAUUGGCAUACAUGGCUACAUGCUCGUCUACUCGAUCGCUUCUCGACAAUCGUUCGAGCAAGUCAAGAUACUACGGGACAAGAUAUUGGACCAUUUGGGUACCGAGACCGCUCCAAUGGCUAUCGUGGCGAAUAAAUUGGAUCUCAAGCCUGGACAACGGCAGGUGAGCCUAAAAGAAGGGCAGGAAUUGGCGGCAGAGUUCAAGUGUAGCUUCACGGAGGCGAGUGCAAGAUCAAACAUCAAUGUCAGCACUGCAUUCGAACACGUGAUCGGGGAGAUCGAGAAAUCCCAAAACCCCGAGCAGCCUGCUGGGGGAUCUAAGUGUUCUGUGAUGUAG